CUCCCGCCUGCCGCCCGCUGUGAAUGUUUCCAUGUGAAAUUGCAACAGCGCGGCGCACACGUGGAGUCGGCGACGCGGCGGCACAGCGCAGAAGAUGUCUGACAUGGGAACAGAAGAGAUUCAAGAAAUCUCUCAGCCAGAAGGUGCUGAGACUGUCCCCACAAUGACUGAUGGUUCAGCUCUUCCAGAGAAGGACAAUGUGGCAGACCCUGUUGAGGAGCCCAGUGAUGGGAAACAGCUCAGCACUAAUGGAGUUUCUGGUGCUGUGAAGCCUGUUUAUGAUGAAGGUGAAGAAGCUCUUGAUCUCAGGGAAGAAGGCUGUCACUCUGGGGAGUAUGGAGGAGCCAACAGCAGCAGUUGCUUGGUGGAGAAUGAAGGCUAUGAGGGUGAUCACUUCAGCAGUCAGUCAUCUACAGCCGAUGGUAUUAGAGCAUCUAAUGGAAAACUGACAUGUGAUAUCUGUGGACUGUCAUGUGUUGGGCCAAAUGUCCUCAUGGUACACAAGCGAAGCCACACUGGUGAGCGUCCAUUUCACUGUAAUCAGUGUGGAGCAUCCUUUACUCAGAAAGGGAAUCUCCUGCGCCACAUAAAACUUCACACUGGUGAAAAACCCUUCAAAUGUCACCUCUGUAAUUAUGCCUGUCGACGCAGAGAUGCAUUGUCAGGUCACCUGCGCACACAUUCCAUUGACAAGCCAUACAAGUGCAGCUUCUGUGGGCGGAGUUAUAAGCAGCGCAGCUCUCUGGAGGAGCACAAGGAUCGUUGCCACAGUUACCUGCAGGGUAUGGGUCUCUGCACUCCGGACACAGAAGAAGUUCAGCACCACAACCUGAAGGCAGAGAUGGGAUCCGAGAGAGCUCUGGUACUGGAUAGACUUGCGAGCAACGUUGCCAAGCGGAAAAGCUCAAUGCCUCAAAAAUUUAUUGGUGAGAAGCAGUUUUGUCCAGGUUACCCAGACCUGCAGUACACCCCAACUCCAUCAUAUGACAAGGAGGGUGAAAUGAUGCAAACGCGUUUCAUGGACCAAGCUAUCAACAAUGCCAUUUCCUACUUGGGGGCAGAGUCGUUGCGACCCCUUGUUCAGACACCCCCUGCUCCCACUUCGGAGAUGGUGUCUGUCAUCAGCAGCCUCUACCCACUCUCCCUCACACGUUCUGACACCUCAAAUGGCCACACAAGGGAAGCAGCCACAGAGAACAGCAGCUCCCAGUUGAAAGCAAAGUCAUCGGAAAGAGGAACGUCCCCCAGCAACAGUUGCCAGGAUUCCACAGACACAGAGAGUAACCAUGAGGAUCGGCACAGCCAAGCCUAUCUGCAGCAUCAUAUGAUUGGGGCUCGAUUCAGAAAUGGCCUGGCUGCAGCCAAAGAAAGUCCAAAGCCUUUCGACAUCAUCAAGGCAGCCACAGGAUCAGGCCGUGAGAUGUUUAAGGUGAUCACUAAUGAGGGCGAGCAGGUCAGAGUCUACAAGUGUGACCAUUGCCGAGUGCUCUACCUGGAUUAUGUGAUGUUUACUAUACAUAUGGGUUGCCAUGGUUUCCGUGACCCAUUUGAGUGUAACGUGUGUGGGUACCGCAGCCAGGACAGAUAUGAGUUCUCCUCACAUAUAGCAAGAGGGGAACAUGGAUUUUGUAGAAAAUAAGCUGCGGAGAUCAAAUUCUAUCCAGGGACCAAAAAAAAACAACAAAAAUAAUUUUUAACUAAAGCUUCGCUUUUAUACUUAAUGCUGUGUUUCAGUGCCUUAGUGGGAACACCUCUGGAAUCUGUAGUCCUGUACACAGGGCAAUGCAAUCAUGGAUCACGUGGAGGCAUUAUGUUGUAGCAGUAAAGAGCUCAGCAUGUAACAUUGAAGCAACAAUGCUGAAUGAAUGCUCAUUGUCAUCUGGGCACAGGCCACAGUGCAGGUCUUCAACAUUGUACAAAAUAUCUACCAGAAUUACUGUGAACUUAACCAACUUGAACAGGUAAUUGUCAGUAUUCUGGACUCUUAUGGGCUUCAGAUGGUGAUGUCCUCCUCUCUCAGGUUCCCUCAUGUGUUGGGGGACUGAAGGAUCACAGAGUUAAAAUUAUGGGCAGUGAACUCUGUUGUUCUAUCAGGUUUCCAGUCAAGAUUUGCCUGUCCUGCCAGUCCCAGGUAACAGACUGGCAUGAUCCGAGUGGAAUGUUGGUAUUGACGGAGUCAGACAAUCUUUUGGACACACAUCACUGCACCAGCUCCUGUUAAUUUGGCUCUCGGAAAGACUGUGUUCCUUCAUGAAACCUGUAACUCAGUUGCUGUCCUUCCAAAUAGUUUGAGUGCCACCAGUAUCCAGAACCCAUGUACCUCCACUUGAUAAGAACUUCCUCCAACACUCCCUGACUGUGAGUGAAGAGUGAUGUCAGAGUUACCUGUCACUCACCAGCUCCAGAAGGAUACAUUACGUUAGAUUGCUGAAUAUAAGAUGGAGCGCAGUGUUGGCAUGGAAGAUUGCUCACCUCCCACUGUUGUACUGUGCAGUCUGCCAGAGUGGCCUCAGAUGUUGUUUCCACCAUCGAAAGGGAGAAACAUCAACAGAAAAUACCAAAUCUCAAAGAAAAUUGAUGAUUGCCUCUCCUGUUGCAUCCUCUCUGCUUCUGUAAAUAACGACCACCUCCCUCUCACCAGCUGCCUUUAUUUUGUAUAAAGACGAUAUCAGAACAGAUGCCGCACUCGUUGCCCGCCGCAGAGCUAGUGCUUCAGAUUACAUCUCAUUUCCCUGAUGUUUUUGCUGAAAUAUUUUAAGGACAGCUCCAUGUAUUUUGUGUGGGUGUAUUAAGUAUGCGAGCUUAUUACUGUCUCCUUUCACCACAUUAGAUAAGCUUUUUUGCAACAGAUUUAUGCAUUGAAUUCCUGAAACAACUUCUGGGAUCUCAGCUUUGACAGAUAUGCUAGAACUUGCUCUUUACUUCCCCUCCGAAGGAAACACCCAGAAUAACGGAAUCGUUUUAUUUUUUUUCCUUUUCUGAUUUUCAGCAUUAUAAUUUUUACAAAGUAUUGCUUGCAUAUACUAUAUGUAAGAUUUUAGAUAGCAUUUCUAUGUGUUACAGGAGAGAAAGGAAGGUCAAAGGACAUACCGACAAGGCACUUUUAUUUCCCAGUUCAAUACAAGCAAAUUAGCAAUGCAUUUCAAUCCACCUAUGCCUAACUCUGGCAUUACAAGAACACCUCCUACAUUUAGAGGAAGGAGGAGGCCAUUCGGCCCCUCAUGUCUGCUCCACCACUCAAUAAGAUCACAGUCUUUUACCUCAGUGCCACUUUCCUGCAUGUCCCUCAAUUCCCUUAAUGUCUAAAAGUCUGUUGAUCUCUGUCUAUCAACUGAACCUUUUCUGCCUUUCUAAAGGUUCACCAUGCCUCGGGUGAAGAAAUUUCUUCUCAUCUCUAUCUUGAAUGACCGAUGCCUUAAAUUAAAUUUUUUUUUAUUUACAGCGUGGUAACAGGCCCUUCCGGCCCAACGAGUCCACGCCACCCAUUUUUUUUUAAACCCCGAUAUUAACCUACCCGUACGUCUUUUUAGAAUGUGGGAGGAAACCGGAGCACCCGGAGGAAACCCACGCAGACACGGGAGAACAUACAAACUCCUUACAGACAGUGACGGGAGUCGAACCACAAUCGCUGGCGCUGUAAUAGCAUCACGCUAACCACUACGCUACCGUGCCGCCUUAUUUUGAGAUUGUGAUCCCCUGGUUCUUGAAAGCCCAACAGGGGACAUAUCAUCCCCACAUCUGUCCUACAUCUGUAGGAGUCAUGUUCUCUGUAGACAUUCACAAGCAUCUUCAGACAGCAACUGCCUCUGAACAAUUAAUUGUACAUUAUGACGUUUGAGACGAUGUGGCUGGAGCAGUGCACGUGAAGCCAGUAUUCCUUCUGUUAAUGAAGGACUUCAGUGCAGUUUAACACUCUGCAAACACGUAAUCUGGCAGGUAUUUGCUUUGGUCUCCUCAGUCAUACACUGGGAACAUUUCUGCUUUACUUUUUGUUCUUUCCCAUUCCAUCCUUUGGAGCUGACCAGACCUGGCCAUCUGUUCAUGCACCCAGUCUCAGCUCUGCCAUUGCACAAGGCUUGUGCUCCUGCUUCCUGACAAACUCCAAUUCGUUCCAUGGUGUUUCUGAACUCGGCACAACUCACUGGAAAUUUCAGUUGAACAAUUAGUGGUGGAAAGGCUCUGUAUUCCUGAAACCAUGAGUCCUCUUCAGGCAAUGAGCAUGCUUACAAUGUCACGCACUGAAGGUACAGUGGCCAAGUUAACUAUUAAACUCUGCAGCUUUUGAUGACUGCAAAUUGUGAGAGCACAUUGUUUGAUCCUUCACUGUAGCCAGAAUCAGUUACAGCCCAGCACAGAGUCACACACACCUGAUAGAACAAUGCAGACAAGAACUAUGUCAUUUUCUGCAGACCCUACUGCCUUCUCAGAAACGUAACUUGUCUUGCUGAUAUUGUUGAGUAUACAAACUGUUGUUAAAAACAACAGUUUGUAUACUCAACAAUAUCAGCAAGAUAUUAAAAACAACAGUUUGCUCUGAUUGCUACCCAAUUAGCUCAUGUACCACUGUCCCGAUCCAUUAUCUACAAUCCUUCAUCGUUGCUAGGUCAAAGUCCAGGAAUUGCCUUCCCAUCAGCACUGUGGGAGCCCCUCCACCAGAAGGUCUACAGCAGUUGAAGCAGGUGGCUCAUCCCCCCCCUUCUCAAUGGUAUGUAGGGAUGGGCAAAUUGCCCGAGACAGCCAGAUCCCAGAAUAGGAAUUAGAAGUAAAACUUUUCAGAAUUUGUAUGCUUCUUUACUCAUUAAAAAUAAACGAUACAGCCUUAGAUUAAAAGCUAAAACAAAAAGCAAAUUCUGUCAGUGUCAGUUAAUGUUUCUGAUAGAGAGGAUUCUGACCAAGGGUUUUGGUCUGAAUCUUGAUCUCUUUUUGGGAUGCUGAGUUUGUUUUAUUAAUCCGUUUCUGAAAGACUGCUUUGCUUUUGAGAACUCACUCUUUUUACACAUUGUGGAUUGUGGCCAGACUGCAGCCAUGAUCUAGAAAAUGCAGUGAAAUUCUUCCAUGUUCAUUUCCUUGUGCUGGGCCCAAGAAUCUGAUGCAAGGUUAGCAGGAACAGAUUUGUGAGAGAGAGAGAGCAGGUAGACAGCUUUUUGUGUAGACCAGCGGUCUGCAGGGAUUAGGUGGAUUCCACAAAUCUCUGACUGCUAUUUGAGUGCAGUCAAGGCAAACAGGAAAACAAAUACAACAUGAUGUCCAAAAUAGCCAGCAGUUGCUGUGUAAACACCCAAAAUAAAUACGGUUUUACUGUGAAUGUAAAUGUGAAUCAUUUUUAUAUUUUCUGCUUCACUAGAUUUUACACUAGAUUGACAGAGUAAAGUUACCUUUUUUUAUUUUAUAUACUUUGCUUUAUAAGCAUUGGGCUGUGCUUUGAUUGCUUUGUGUAAUGCAGCACAAUGAGAAUUCAUUCACUUUGGAACCAUUCUCUUGUAUUUUUUAAUGUUUUACUGAUCUGUGAAGUAAAUACCAAUAAUUUUGUAUGUUGUUUAUGAAAAUAAAACUUCCAAGAAUGA